UCUAUCCAAAAAAACAUGUUCACCAAAAUUUUAGCUCUGAGUGCCGUGGUGGCGGCCGCUCAGGCUGGUCUUCUGGGACUAGGCCAUGGGCUCGGCCACGAUCAUGGAUAUUCAGUAUCUUCCCAGCACAACGUAGUCCACCAUACCCACUACGCUCCUGAAGCACACUACGCCCCUAUUGCUCAUGAGGAGUACUCCCAUGGUGGUCACUACGCUACUCCCCUCGCACAGGGUGCCCACUACGGUGCCUCUCCCCUGCUCCAUACCACUCCCCUGAUCCACGCCGCUCCCAUUGCUCAUGCUGCACCCUUUUCACAUGAUUCAACCAUCGCUCAUAUUGCCCCCUUGACCCAUGCGGCUCCUCUGUCCCAUGCUCAUAUCGCCCCCAUUGCUCAUCACGGUUAUACUUCCCACCACGACGGACAUGACACAUAUGCUCACCCCAAAUACCAGUACUCUUACUCCGUUGAGGAUCCCCACACCGGUGAUCACAAGUCUCAGCACGAGAUCCGCGACGGCGACGUCGUGAAGGGCGGAUACUCCCUGCUGCAGCCUGAUGGCUCCGUCCGCAAGGUUACCUACACCGCUGACGACCACAAUGGAUUCAACGCAGUCGUGGAGAACUCUGGACCUAGUCACCACGUGUACUCUUCUCAGCACCACCAUUACUAGAUCUCGCAUUAAUAAAUAAGCUUUAC